AUGAUUCGUCGAGGCGGCCAAGGAAGGCACUGUGUGUACCGAGAGUGCCAUAUCUUUCUGUCUCCUGUCGAACCGGGAUGUGCCGUGGAGAGCGAGUAUGGGAGAGGCAGCGAGGACCAGCGAGGACCAGAGAGGAUGACCGGCGAGAGGCGAGAAAGGGGGUUGAUCUGGUCCAAGGCAGCCUUUGACGGACUUUUUGGCUGUCCCUCUGUCUGUGGGUGGUUCGUCGGAGAUGUUUCAGGCCCGGGCCCGGAGUCCAGGAAGUCCCCUACCCGUCCAACAAGCGGAUCGUGCGCCCAACGGCCCCAAGAUGUGCGGAGUAUCCCGGGUAGCGAAAGACGAAAGCCGCGAGAAAUCGACGCCGGCAGCAGGUGGAGCAAGCUGUUCGAUCGAGAUGGCGGUCGUCGUCGCUGUGCUGUGGUGGCUGUGGUGGUUGUUGUUGGUGGUCGAGGAGGUGAAGUCGAGCGAGAGAACAGAAAGUCGAGGUUGGCGAGUUCUGGACUUUACCCAAAGCGGAAGAAGAGCGAGCGAGAGCGAAAGCAAGAAGUGCAAACAGAAAGAGGAAAAGAGGUGGAGACCCAGCGAAAGGGGCAAGCUUAG